AAGAUGCAAGUUAGUAGCUCAACUUCGCUCAAGAUCGGCAGACGUUGGUUCGUUCAAGGAAUUAACUAUUUGAGAGUUCGCAACAACAUUCACGGUGUUUCUUGUAACCGAUUCAUUAAUAAGUUGACGAUGGCCAAACCUGAAGAAACUUUGAAUAACACCAUGGUGAAGGUUGCGAAGAAACUGGGCUACGAAAACUCUCAAGUAGCAAUAAAACCAACAACAAGUAACGGAGCCAAUUACACGAGUGUUCUCUAUAAUGUUACUCUCCAAGCCCCUGGGAAGGAAGACCUUCAUUUAUUCGCAAAAGUUGCCCUCGUUGGUCAAAAAAUGAGAGCUGCAGAUCCAUUCAAGAUUUUUGAUACUGAGAACCUGUUUUACACAACAUUGAUUAACAUUUAUGAACAGUUGGAGAAAAAAAAUAAUGUUCCCGAAGAAGGAAGACUUGUAACACCCAAGUUUUAUGAGGGCUCACUCGAAUAUAUGAAAGAGAUCAUGAUCCUGGAAGAUUUAUCAGCUAAGGGCUUCUCAACAUUUGACAGAUUACAGUCCAUAACUUGGGAAUUUGCCGCAAAAAGUUUAGAAAAUCUUGCGAAAUUCCACGCUCUUUCCAUUGCAUUUGCAGAAGACGAUCCUCAAGAAUUCAAAAACGUGGUUUCAAAACUAAAACAGGGUGAAAGUUUUGAUUCACUACAGAAUUAUAUAAAAAACGUAACCACAACUGCUCUCAAGGUGGUCAAAGACGAGAAUCGUGAUCGAUUAGCUAAAUUCACUGAUGAAUUGCAAAAGAAGGAGGUCUUUGAAAACUUCUUCCAAGAGCACCGGCGACCAUUUAUCACCCACAGAGACUACAGACAGAGCAAUCUCAUGUAUAGGAUGGUUGAUGGAAAAACGGAAGUUGUCGCAAUAGACUAUCAAACAGUGCAAACCGGAAACCCAAUUGCUGAUGUAAUGUACUUCAUCUUCAACGGAUCAGACAAGAAAUUUCGGGAACAAUACUUCUAUAAAUCGAUAGAACAUUAUUACGAGGAACUGUGUAAGGCUUUCAAGAGACUGGGACUGAAACCAGAACAAGUCUACUCUAGAGAGGACUUUGAUUAUGAACUGAAAAAAAUUAUGCCAGUAGGGCUGGUUUCGAGCAUUUUCUGUCUGCUGGUCAUCACGGCGGACAAAGAGAACGUUCCCAAGGUCAGCGAGGAUCUGGUCUUCGACGACUUCGCCAUCGAUCCCAACGACCUUUACAUCGAACGUAUCAAUGACAUCGUCGAUGACUUCAUCAAGAUGGGAAUCAUUUAAAUAUUUCAUUUUAAACUGUGAUCGUCUAGCCAAAUUAAUGAAUUACCUUAAUUGUUUUUAUUACGCGACCUUAUAGCAUGAAUUGAUAUUAAUUAGUGUCGUCCCGCCCAUACAAGUACAAUUAUCAAUGAUUAGAUGAUGCUAAUCUUUUUAAAAUAAUAAUAUUUUGACUUUAAAUAAUACUUGACAUUAUAUAAUGAUAUUUCAAUGAUCCCUUAUCUGUGUAAUGAAUUGAAAGAAGACUAAGACUGAACUUUUCGUGUUUCAUGCUACAACUAUGAACUAUAAUCCAAUGGAGCAGAUUCUGUUGUGGCUGGUUUUAGGUGAAGAAACACUUGAUGCUAUGUUUUUAAUGAUACGAUUAUAACGAAUGAAUUAUUUAUUGUGUACUCAUUAUAUAAAUGUGAUAGAUUAAUAAAUUUUCUGACAUUCAAUCUA